AUGGACUAUAUCCCUUCGAAUUACAGUGAGCACAUAGACAGGGAGCACAUAGACAGGGAGCACAGAGACGGGGAGCACAUAGACAGGGAGCACAUAGACAGGGAGCACAUAGACAGGGAGCACAUAGACAGGGAGCACAUAGACAGGGAGCACAUAGACAGGGAGCACAGAGACAGGGAGCACAUAGACAGGGAGCACAGAGACGGGGAGCACAUAGACGGGGAGCACAUAGACAGGGAGCACAUAGACAGGGAGCACAUAGACAGGGAGCACAGAGACGGGGAGCACAUAGACGGGGAGCACAUAGACAGGGAGCACAUAGACGGGGAGCACAUAGACAGAGAGCACAUAGACAGGGAGCACAUAGACGGGGAGCACAGAGACAGGGAGCACAUAGACGGGGAGCACAUAGACAGGGAGCACAUAGACGGGGAGCACAGAGACAGUGAGCACAUAGACAGGGAGCACAUAGACAGGGAGCACAGAGACAGGGAACACAGAGACAGGGAGCACAUAGACGGGGAGCACAUAGACGGGGAGCACAUAGACAGGGAGCACAUAGACGGGGAGCACAUAGACAGGGAGCACAGAGACGGGGAGCACAUAGACGGGGAGCACAGAGACAGUGAGCACAUAGACGGGGAGCACAUAGACGGGGAGCACAUAGACGGGGAGCACAGAGACGGGGAGCACAUAGACGGGGAGCACAGAGACAGGGAGCACAUAGACAGGGAGCACAUAGACAGUCACAUCAGCUGGUGUUAG